CUAAACGUCACUCACGCGAUCCGCGCUUAGCGUUGCUCUGUGUCCAGGAUAAAAGUUAGAAAAUCUAAUAAUGUUGUGGCGCUCGUAGAAACGAGUCUCCGUGUGUAUGAUAUUUAGCCGAAGAUAUAAGACUCAACGCUCUUGAUUCUACUUCGUCGGAGGAAUUUUGUGAUUCUAUAAGUUAAUAUGGCUACGAUGAAACCGGUGUCGUUUGAGGAGAAGCUGAAGAAGAAUCCCGAGUUGAAGGAGGCGGACGUAGAAGCGUUAAGAGAAUGGUGCGAGAAGCAGCCUCACCUGCCGAAAAUAUCGGACAGCAUGCUGGCGUUGUUCUUGCACAGUAAUUACUACCGACUCGAACCGACGAAAGCCUGUAUCGAAGUUUACUACACUGCCAGGAGCCACGUCCCCGAAUUCUUCAACGACCGGGACAUUGUAAAUAACAAAGAGCUGAAAAAGGCCACUCAAACGGUGACGAGCCAGAUCUUCGAGGGAUCUACCCAGGAAGGCUAUACAAUUAUUUAUGCACGACUAAUAGACAGCGAUUCAGCACAAUUUGUGUACAACGACGCAAUGAAAUUGCUCAAUAUGGUGAUCGACCUGUGGCUCUACACGGAAGGUACAUGCGACGGUCAUGUUAUAAUAUUCGACAUGAACAACGUUUCUUUCGGUCACGCCGGCCGUUUGAGCCCCAUGGGUUUGAAGAAAUUCCUUUAUUACCUGCAAGAAGGGCUGCCCGUCCGACUUCGGGGCUUUCACUUCAUGAACGCUUCUCCCGUAAUAGACGUUAUCUUGAAUAUGAUGAAACCCUUCAUGAAAAAGCAGCUGAUGGAUAUGUUCCAUAUGCACACCACAGCCGAGUCCCUAGAGAAAUUCAUACCGCUUGAAGUGCUCCCAAAUGAAGCGGGCGGCAAAGCCGGACCUAUACUGGAAUUACACGAGAAAAAUAUAAAUAAACUGAUAGAUCAUACCGCUUGGUUCAAAGAAGAAGAAGCCAAUUGCCGCGUCAAUGAAUCCUUGCGUCCGGGCAAGGCAAUGUCAGUGACGGAUUUGUUCGGUGUCGAAGGGAGUUUCAAGAAGCUCGAAAUCGAUUAA